GCCGUUUUAGCCUGCACCCCAGAGGGACACCUCAUCAUUCCGCGAUUUUAUUUGUCAUUUGUUUAUAUAUUUGUCAGCACCUGAUCAGAGUUGUAUGUUGUAUAGAGCAAUAAUUUUUCGACCAUUCUUUCGUUUACGCCAUUUGGGGAGCGGGCUUCUCGGUGGCAAAAUAAUAUCAAACUCGAAGUAUCUGAACACGUUUAGUAUUCCGCAACAUUCCAUCAUGUCAGAAACAAAGUAUGGUGUUGUAUUUGUACUCGGUGGACCUGGGGCUGGAAAAGGGACGCAGUGUGAGAGAAUAGAUAAGGAAUUUGGAUUUCUUCAUCUUUCUGCUGGUGAUUUACUUCGAGAAGAACGCCAGAACAAGGAUUCCAAGAUUGGCAGUGAGAUUGAAAAGCAUAUUCGCAAUGGAACCAUCGUGCCAGUAGAAAUCACCUGCUCCCUGCUGCACAGGGCCAUGGAGAAGAGUGGUAGACAAAACUUUCUGAUCGAUGGAUUUCCUCGGAACCAGGAUAACCUUGAUGGAUGGAACCGAGCCAUGUGUGAUCUGACCGAGAUAAAGAGGGUGUUGUUCUUCAACUGUUCAGAUGGCGUUUGUAUUGAACGUUGUUUAAACAGAGGCAAAACUAGCGGCAGAUCAGAUGACAAUGAGGAAAGUUUAAAGAAAAGGAUUAUCACAUACAGAGACUCAACACUGCCUGUGAUUGAACAUUACCGCAAUCUGAAUCUUGUGUCAGAAAUACAAGCCGACAAGACGCUGGAUGAUGUGUGGGAAGAGGUAAAAGGUAUUUUUGAGAAGAUCCGCAGUUAAAGUUGGCCUCCCACUGCUGUAGAAUAUAUAUAUAUCAAAUGUUGGGAAUCUGAAAGAGACAACUAUUGAGGGUGCACUGUGAGAGCUGAGAAUAUAGGUAUUAAGAUACGACACCCCAACCAUUGUAUGUACUAAACAAUUGUGAAAACUUCAAUAGUUUUAUCUUCUAAGGUGGAUUGAUACUGGUUUGUAACACAGAAUGUAUGUGAUGAUGUACAGAUUAUUUAUCGCAUUGAAAUGUGACAGUUUUAAGAUGCACUGUAGAGGGUUCGGAACAGUUUUAAUACAAUUGAAGACAUUUCAUUAUAUCGACACAACUGACCAUAGUGAUAGGAGUAGGGACAUUUAUGGCCAAAGAUAUUGUUGACUUUCCCUGGGCAUUGUGGGCCACAGAUUCGUUUAAUUCACUGAAGGUAAUCUGCACACACUGCUGUACUGUACUCAACGCCAAUAGAAACCCAAUCAUUAAAACAUAUAUAGAAUUAGGUACAUUAAGGAGAGAUGUUUCCAAUGUGAACCACUAAAUGACAAAACUAACAAACAGUCAAGUGUUACCAUAGCGUGUCUUUAUUCUUACCACAAUAUGCUGCAUGUGAUUUCCAAAUUUUACACACUAAUCCUGCACGAGACAAACAGUGGAUUUUGAGUCAUGGAUCUGUGAUGUCACAUGUGAUGCAUGAUGAGUGUCGGUUCACGCAACAUAACAGUAUGUUUGUUUGUGUAUCAAGCCAAUCUAAUAUCUCUUGAGUCUGAGUAAUUCUUCAUAAAGUAGCCGGGGGCACGGGUGGCCUACUCAUCUAAGGUGCCGCGAUUCACUGUGCAGAGUUGC